CACAUCGACUUCGUCAAGCAGGGGGAAAAAAAAGUAGCAAAACCCCCUUUCGUCUAGAACUAUAUAUCCAGCUCCUCUGCAAGACCUAGCAAAAUCUCGAUUUAAAUCACGUACAAUGCUCUCUUUCCUCUACUCACUCUUCCAGAACUUCUUCAUACUCCCCUUCCACCUCCUGACCCUCAAUUACUUCAUCCAACCGCAACCAACACCCACCACACCCUCCAAAAUGAAAAACAUCGUCAUAAUCGGCGGCUCCUACGCGGGCCUGAGCACAGCACACCAAAUCCUAAAACAAACCUCCAAGUCGGCCUCGUCUCCAGCAAAAAUCACACUCAUUAGCCGGGACACGCAUCUCUAUUGGAAUCUCGCCGCCCCGCGCGCCGUGGCGAGUGCUGCAGAAGUUCCCGACGAGAAACUAUUCGUCCCUGUUGCGGAGGGGUUCAGGCAGUAUCCGAAGAAAGUGUUUGAGCUUGUCCUUGGGAGUGCGGUUGGGGUGGAUGUUGCGAGUAAGGAGGUAACUGUUGUUGCUGCUGUUGCAGGUGAGGAAGACGGUGGGAAGAAGAUCCACAUCAGCUACGACAUUCUCGUGUUAUGUACGGGCUCCGACACGAAAGUUGCCACGCCGUUCAAGUCGCGGGGGUCGACCGAGGCAACGAAGACCGCGCUGCACGAGUACCAGCGCCUUGUCCGGGCCGCGAAAAGCAUACUUGUUGUUGGAGCUGGACCAACGGGCGUGGAGACGGCGGGAGAGUUGGCGUUUGAGUUUGGGAGUGACAAGAAGAUUAUCUUGGCCUCAGCAACACCAACGAUCCUCCCCGGCCCCAACCGUCCACCAUCCGUCCCCAAAACCGCCGAAUCACAGCUGCGCGCCCUAAACGUCGACGUCCGCCUGAAUACAAAAGUUACAAACGAAACCAAACUCGCCGACGGUACCUGGAAGAUAACCCUAUCCAACGGUGAAGAACUAGUCGUCGACAUGUACAUCCCGACCUUCGGCGUGAAGCCCAAUACCUCGUUCCUCCCCGCCGAAAUCCUCGACGCCGACGGUUUUGUGCGGGUAGAUCAGUACUUGCGCGUCACGGGGACAAAAGACGUGUAUGCGAUCGGGGACGUCUCGAAUAUGCAGGCCCCACAGGCUUUCCAUGUCAAGGCGCAGACCAAGUACCUUGCGAAGAGUAUUGUUCUGGGUGUUGCGGGGAAGGGAGGUGCUGUGGGGGCGUAUAAGGCGUCAGCGUCUGAUGUGCUCGCUGUGCAGAUCGGGAAGAAGGCUGGGACUGGUCAUCUGGGGAGUAUGAAGCUGCCUAGCUUCAUGGUCGCGUAUGCACGCAGAACACUCUUUGUGGAGAAUGCUCCCAAGACUGUGGAUGGGUCGGCUUGAGAAGUAGGCUUCUCAUUGUGUUGGUAUUUCCUAGGCUAUUAAUAAUAUUAAAUCGUCAUUCAUAUCACAGGGACGGGAGCUCAGGGCUUGUAUGGUCUCAUCGUCAUGUACAAUUCUAGACGAGGAGCAGGUCACCACACCUCCGUAUCGCAUCGCCCCAUCCGAAACCCGGCGUCUGCCUUCCUAUCCACACUUCUUCAAGAGCAGGUAAUAUCCGACUCCUAUGUUUGAGUAAUGGCUGUAUCACCGGUGCAGCAGAGAGGACCGUCCGUAUAUACCCCUGCUCCCCAUCCUGUCGAGCAACACACCCAAUGAUAAAAAGAGGAGCAAUCAUUGCAGACAGAACAUUACACGGGACUUCAUUUCGAAGUAUCUGCAUAGCUUCGGAGAGGACACCGCCCAAGCGAUCUAACUCUUGAAAACCGUGGACGACAAGAUGCAGGUAGAUGAUGGCCAUGUGCGGGAAUACCAUUGCGGGAAUGAAAACUGAGAGAACGGAAGAUCCAGAUUUCGACUUCGUCGUUUCCUCGACGCCGGACUGGAUCUCCGCAUGGAUAGAGUCGUAUUCCUGGAGAAGCCGAGCGCGAUCAACCCGCAUGCCAAGCCGUUGAGCGUCGGCCAUGCGAGCAUGCAAAUCCGCCGUCCUCCCAAUUUGGAUGGCGAGCCAGUUUGGACAGCCGACGAUCUUCUCAAGCUUUGUCGGAGAGUGAGGGCGGAAAGUCUCGGAGUGCACUUGUAGGAGUGUCGGAGAUGCUCCCGAGGUAAUAGAUGCAAUCAGAUCAAGCCAGAUAAUCGUAGCUUCCAUGAAUCGAAACGUCACAACCUCUUGGACAAUCGUGGCGCCGUCGUCCGCGGGGUCGAAGUGGCCCAGAGGCAUGCCAUGCUGGAUUAGGGCUUUUGACUUUUGAGUCAGACCACAGUGGAGUAGUUCGUCCCUGCGGCCUUUCUGGAACAUGUCGACUGCUGCGUCGAGAUGGAUCAUCCAGGCUGAGCGGUCGCCGGCGAAGAGCUG